UUUUUUUUUUUUGGCCCGCUUCCUAUAAUACCAUACCAUCCUUUUCCUGUCACAUAUAUAUAUUGGUAUUUCGCUUUUUUGACCGGAAUUACAUCCCUUGUCAGGGCCUUCACUUGUUGGGAUCUCAGCGUUGUUCUCUUGCUUCUUCGCUCCCAAACCCUCACUGUUCUGGAGGAUAUACGCGGCUCUGGUAAAUCCUUUGUCUUGGAUGUGAUUCCCGCUCAUAAACCCGACAAACGAGAACGUGGUGUUGUACUCUGGAUCUAGCUUUCUGCACUCGAUCCUCUUCGCUUCCUCCUUUAACUUCGAUAAGCGACUGCAUUUACUAUAUAAACCUCCUCUCGUUCCAGUCUCCUGCGGCUGAAGCCGCCAGAAUCAUAACUUGAACAGCUGAUAUCUUCUCACCACGACCAUAUCAACCGGGAUACGAGAUAAUACCGUCGUGGCCAAUAUCCGAAGAGAAUUCCCGUCAUAUCGCCAAAUCCCAACAAUGCAGCAACCCGGUUCUAAACUCCCUAAUAUGAGCGCUGACGCCACUGGCUUCUCUCACGGAGCAUACGCCUCAAACAACGUGGGUUUCGGCGAUCGCAACUCUCGUAGAGCCAAUAUCCCUUCCAUCAAUACCGGUAUGAAUGGACAAAAUCCUGGAGAAGUGUCUGCCACUGGAACGGCUGCCUUCGAUAUGAACUUCACACCGCUGCUUCCAUCCCAGCUUCUUCUCGGAAGUCCAUUUCAACCUGGCACGCCGUCUGCUUUCGCUUCCCCCAGUAGACAUAACCAGAACCAGAACCAGAUGGGAAGCCCCACCCAGGCUCAUCAGAAUGCCCUCUCGCCACAGCUGUACCAAAGCCUGAUGUCACCAGAUGGCUUCAAUGGCUCCCAGCUCAUGGCUGGUCCUCAAUCUCCUGUUGGCUCUUUCCCCGGGUUUGCGAAUGCCGCUUUUAGUGCCGCGAAUGUCUCCCUCCAAGGCCCAGGGAUCAUCUCAGGAACUAGCCGGACCGUUUAUCUGGGAAACCUUCCCGCUGAAACAUCUGCAGAGGAGAUCCUCGGCCAUGUUCGUAGCGGUCAGAUCGAGUCAGUUCGGCUACUCCCAGACAAAAACUGUGCCUUUAUCUCUUUCUUGGAGAGCAGUUCCGCCACUCACUUCCACUCUGAUGCGAUUUUGAAGAAACUCGCCAUCAAGGGAAAUGAUAUCAAAAUCGGCUGGGGUAAGCCUUCCCAGGUUCCAACCUCCGUGGCAUUGGCGGUCCAACAAUCCGGAGCCUCGAGAAACGUUUACCUAGGGAAUCUCGCGGAAGAUGUUACUGAGGAGGAGUUACGUGAAGAUCUGGGAAAAUUUGGCCCAAUUGAUACGAUAAAGAUCGUCAAGGAGAAGUCGAUUGGAUUCGUGCAUUUCUUGUCCAUCAGCAAUGCAAUUAAAGCUGUUACCCAACUACCCCAAGAGACCAAGUGGCAAGCACCAAAACGCGUGUACUAUGGGAAGGAUCGCUGCGCCUAUGUUUCCAAGACCCAGCAGCAAAAUGCCGCCCAGUAUCUAGGGAUCGCUCCAGGUUAUGCUCAUAUCCUCAAUUCGGCUGAUCGUGAUCUGAUCUCGAAUGCGUUGGCCCAGCAAUCUGUUGCAGCAGCCGCAGUUGCCACUAGCGCCGGUGGUGUAAACAACCUAGGAAAUAGGACCGUUUACUUAGGAAAUAUUCACCCUGAAACAACCAUUGAGGAGAUUUGCAACGUCGUACGGGGCGGCCUGUUGCACCACAUCCGCUACAUUCCCGACAAACAUAUUUGUUUCGUCACCUUUAUUGACCCCACAUCUGCUGCCUCGUUUUAUGCUCUUAGCAACUUGCAGGGUUUGAUGAUCCAUAACAGGCGGCUUAAAAUUGGUUGGGGCAAACAUUCCGGCGCCCUGCCUCCUGCCAUUGCAUUGGCAGUAAGUGGUGGGGCAUCCCGGAAUGUGUACAUCGGUAACCUGGAUGAAACCUGGACCGAAGAACGCCUACGCCAAGAUUUCUCUUCCUAUGGUGAAAUCGAAUUGGUCAACGCUUUGCGUGAGAAGAGCUGUGCGUUUGUCAACUUCACCAACAUUGCGAAUGCCAUCAAGGCAAUUGAGGCAAUGCGCAGCCGAGAGGAAUACAAGCGGUUCAAAAUCAAUUUUGGAAAGGAUCGCUGCGGGAACCCUCCCCGUCAGAUCAACAGCAAUGGCCAGAACCGAGAUGGUAAUCAGUCCUCUCCUACUUUGAACGGGAACCUGCAACAAAACGGAUCUCAAUCCAGUCCAACAAGGCCAGCGUUAUCUCCAGCACCAGGCUCCACAGGUUCACAUUCGCAAAAUGGGCACGGUCGGCAAAUCCCACUCGCGGCAACUCCAUCUGCCAUCCUAAAUGCUGGAAGCAACAAUCCCCUGACGCUCUAUCUGAACCAAAUCUCUCAGCAACAGGCGCAGGAACAAGAAAAUCGCAUGAAUGACCCUAUUACUCUGGCAACCCUCCAGCAGCAGCAGCAACAGGCACUAGCCCAUCAACAAGCCACCCUCUAUAACGGAGCAGGAUCGAAUGACCUGCCAAAUGGAAACUCGAUGCAUCAGUCCAAAGGAUCCACUCACGGAUUUUUGAAUGUUUCUGCUGGUACACCAAAUUCGACACACGGCGUCACUAGCGGCAAUUCCCUGAGUGUCCCACGAUCGCAACACUCCCGCGCUGUCAGCCUCCCGUCCUUUUCGCAAGAGGCUUUCGGUCAGGGCUCAAACCAACCGCACCAACACCGGAGUGGAAUGUCUCAUCACCAAACCCAGGGAAGUUUUUCAGGUUUCGGUGGCGGGCUAGGUGGGUUGAACCACAACGGAUUUGGGUUGUCCAUUUCCAACGAAGGAUCUCUCCCUGGCUGGGCUGAAGAAGAGAUCGGAGCGAAAUGA